AUGGGGGAGGGGAGGGAGAGGGUGGUUGAAAAUACCAACAGCCUCCACACAGGUGUCCACACCCCAAAUCUCGUCGGCGCCUUCCUCCCGUCCCCCCCCCUUCCCACCCCGUUCCUCCCCGACGGUCGGCGCGGCGAGGUGCCCUCGCGCGGGCCCCAGGCCCGGGAGAGGGGGUGGGUGGGGGAGAGGCGGGGCGCAGGGCGCCCGUGGCGUCUCGCCGCCUUCCUCCCGCGCCGGGAUCGGCAAGGUGGCGCCCCACCGCUCCGACCCCGGCGGCUGGGCAGGCCCGCGUCUGGGUCUCCGGCUCUGGGCCCGAGAACUCGCCGAGUUGGCGGCGGUCUCCGGGGAGUCGGCGGCAGGCGGCUGGCGGCAGGCGCCAGGCGGAGGCGGCCACUGUCAGGCGCCCCGUCCCGUCCCCUCCCUCUUCCUCCCGCCGACAACGGCGUCCCGGCCCCGCCCCCGGCUCCCGCUCCGGGACUGAAGGCCCGGGGCCCACAACCCACACCAACGGCCAGGCCCACCCACGGCUACCCUAGCUCCUCGGUACCACGCCGCUGCCGCCGCCGUCGCCCGAACGAGCCCCACGGCGGCUGCCGUGUCCCCCGCCGCGCCCCGUCCUCCCGCACCGCCUAUGGCAGAGCUCGUAGGCGGUCCUCAGCAACCGCCGAGCUACAGCGACCAACAGACGCGGGGUCUCACAAGCAGACGUCCGAUUUGGCCAAUAGCGUGAGGAGGGCGGGCGUGACUGUGAUUGGCAGCCAAACUCCUCCAACAAGAACGGGGGGCGUGGGUGGGCGGAGCCGGAAGUAG